AUGAAGCGCGAACUAAUCAUGACUGGGCUCGCGCCAGCAAUUGGCGACAGAACUGGCGCCACGAUUCGCGCUACAAGACUGCCGAAAUUCAAACCACAGAGAGAGUGGGCGACCGUUGGACUGCGUUUUGUAAAAACGCUACGGGUGCGAGAUGCUACAGAGGUCCACCACGUGAGGCGCAUUGUUGAGGAAGCUGACAAUAUCCUAUUAAAGACCUUGGAUGCACGGCUUUCCGAAAGCAACGAGGGGGCUCCAGCGAUUGUGGAGGAGCUCGGACGGCAUGCUUGGGAGCAGAUGCACCUGGAAGGGGCGGCUAGAAGUGCAACGGUGUGGGAGAACUCCUCGGGGACGCUGACACACUUGAGCACCAACAACUGGGGAAGAGCGUUCAGAGCGCGUGCUCAGGAGACGGCCUGGAAUGUGGCAACAGAGUCGAGAGAUUUCUCCUAUUUUGAGUCGAUUGCGGGCUUUCCGAUGCUAGAUGCUUCUCUGGUGACUUGCAAGGGCCUCCGAGAAGUAGAGCUUACACUAGAUCCAUUGAACCCCAAUUGGCAACUCCGAUUCGUCUCCCGAAGACUUUGGAGGCUCAAACCGGUCCGAGUGCUCACCGUGAACGUAGACCGCCCCGAGCAAGACGGCGACGGGACGGUUGAGUCCGUUCUUAGGACGUCGCACCGUGAGUACGGGAAAGGUUUUGACUUGCUUUCGGCGGCGUUUCCGCAAGUAGACCAUGUCAAGAUUCCCAAUUGGCAGUUCCCCCUGGGCGACAACAUCGAGGUGUCGCCGUAUUUGGGUUACACCGGCUGGCGGGGAGUGCGGAUCUUGGAGCUCGGAACAGCAGGACUGCCGUACACCUACGGUGCGGCGCGGGUGCAUGUGGUAAGCCUUGAGAUGAAGGUGCACUGCAACCCUUUAACUGGCCAGACGUAG